UCUCGGCUCAGGAUUGGAUAACCCGGCCGGAAAGAGACCGUCUUCUCACACGGAAGGGGCGGAGCUUCCCUUUGGCGGCAACCCGCGGGGGACAGCCGCCACCACGGCCGUCACCUCCAUGCUGCCUGCCGACUGCUCGCUCCGGCUGGUGGCCGAGCUGCGGGCCGCGCUGGAUGCCUGCGGCGAGCAGCAGAGGCAGCUAGACCAGAGCCUGCGAGUCUGCCGGCGACUGCUGAGGGCCUGGGAACCAACCAGACCCGCAGCUCCAGAGCCAACUCCAGGGCCAGAACCGAAUGAAGAGGACCCAUCUCCAGCAUGUGCACCCAGCCUUCAAGACCUCACGGAGCUGGAGCUAUUGACCCAGGCGCUGGAGAAGGCUGUACGGGUGCGAAAAGGCAUCUCUAAGGUUGGAGAGGGAGACAAGGCCCCCAGCCUGAAACCCCGGACAGUGGCCACCCCUCCUGCCACCACAACCUCAGUCCCACCCCAGGCCCCAGGUCAGGCUGGCAACGGAACAUCAGAGACAAGAUCCCCCAGGGGCAUCCGCCAACCCAAGGUGCCGGCCAGGAGCCUCCCGGAGCACAGGCUUCUGUCCACUAGGGAGAGGACCUCUCUGGGGAGAGGAGCCCGAGCCACCAGGCCCAGCCUUGGGGACCAACAGGUGACCCCAUCAGUGACUCCUCUGGUUCCAGAAGCUUUCACACUCAAGGAGAAGGGGACCCUGCUGCGACUGCCCAUGGCCUUCUGGAAGGCAGCGUCCCAAAAUGCUCAGAGACAUUGUACCAGCUUUGUCAAGGCAUUGAGAAGAGUGAACCAGGCAGCCCCUUCCCAUGUUUGUACUAUGCCUGGCAAACUGAGCAUCGUAGUUACUAGUCUACCGCCCCCACCUGUCUCCGAGGGAAGGACAGCCCCUCCCCUUCAUCCUGUAAUAUCUGUUAGCAUUUCCCAGAGGCGGUCACCUUUGUCCUUGUUUCCUGGUCAGUGUCCCCUCAUUCCCCAAGGCCUCUGGGGGUCCUUCCUGGCAUUCAGGAGAGCUAGACAUCCCAGCUGUGGCCCUGCCUGGCCUUGCCCAGCUGGCUGGAAUAAUUGGCAUCCCUCUCCUGAUUCCUGGGUGCUCGUGUGUCCCAGUCUAUGGGCCCAGAUCGACUCUACACAGGCCAGUGACUCUGCGAAUGCCACGGCCAGAACCCGAUUCCUGCUGAAAAUGCAGGCAGCUUCAGGCUGGCCUGGCGUGGGGCUCAGUGCGGCCGUGGUGGAGGCAGAGGUGGGGCGCCUACGGAAGGCCUGCUUACGGCUGAGACUGCGCAUGGGGACUGAGCUGGCGGCAGCCCCCACCGACUGCGUGCAGGAAUACCGCUGUCUGCUCCUCCUAGAGGGGCUGCAGGCCACAGUGGGGCAGUGUCUUCACUGGCUGCAGGAGCUUCGCAAAGUGGUUGCUAAACAUCACCUGGAGCUGUGCCCCUCAGGGAUGCCCGCUAGGGCCUCAUGUCUCUGUGAAGGAGGUGCUGAUGCAGCCUGGAGCCCCCAGCCUCUUCUCUACUCCAGCACCCAGGAGCUGCAAACCCUGGCAGCCCUCAGGCUGCGAGUGGCCAUGCUGGACCAACAGCUCCACCUGGAAAAGGUCCUGAUGGAUGAGCUCCUCCCUCUGGUGAGGACCCAGAGGCCUUGCUGUGUGGCCGUGUGCCGGGCUGUGCACAGCCUGCUCUGCAAUGGAGGCCAGCACUUCCCCACGGUCCUGCAGGACGAACCUGCAGACUGAGCCGUGCCCUAGCUGCCCAGGGCCUCCCUGUGAAAGGAAGGUUCCAGGGGGCGGGGCGGCCACAUGUCCCACAUCCAGGCCCUUCCAUAGGACUCUAGAGCCUUAGCACAAUGACACCUGCAGGUCCGUGCCCCACUCUGCCUUCCUGGGAGCGGGGGGGACUGGAGGCCGUGCAGAGCCUAUCUCAGCUACUUCUGCUUUCUCUCGCUGUAGACUUGAAAGCCACCAUGUGACAUUAAACUCCUUUGAAAAGCAUAUUUAAAAACUA